CGUAUAUAUAAAGACAAAGACGACAUUGCCUGGAUCCCAUAUUUUAAUUAUGCAUUUGUACGGUAUUGAUUAAUGUUAUUAAACAACCUUUCCCGAAAAGAGUGACCGGGCUGUUUCCGGAUAUGACGUAUGACAUAUUACCCACAUGGCUUGGAAGCAGAGUGGAAGACAUGUGCAAGAGAAUCCAAACAAGUUUACGAACGCCGUGUUGUUGCUGAAGUUUAUGUCGCCAUGAACGAUUUUACACAAUUUCCACCUCCUUUCUUCAGCAGCCCAACCCAAGACUCUGUACUCCGACCUCCGGUGUUUAACUGGCAGCCUCGUCCCGGCAACUUUAACUCUGGUAAUGGGAACUGGUUUCAGCCUCCAUCUGUUCCGUGGGUUAGAAACCCUCCAGUGAAUUACUGCAGAGCACCUACGCAUUGGAAGAAUGGCUUUGAUUCAAACCGUAAUGAUCGGUAUUACAGUGCGGGGUAUCAACGUCAUCUCCAGGAAAAUGCACACGUGGGGAGAAAUAAGAAAAAGAAAAAGGAACCGGUGUUUAUGCAUUUCUGUGACACCUGUGACAGAGGUUUUAAGAAUCAAGAGAAGUAUGAUGAACACUUGGCGCAGCAUGUUAAGUGUUCAGUGGAAGGCUGCAGUUUCACAGCUCAUGAGAAACUUGUCAGCAUUCACUGGAAAAAUAGCCAUGCGCCUGGAGCCAAGAGGAUCAAACUUGACACUGCAGAAGAAAUCGCAAAAUGGAGAGAGGAGAGAAAAAGGAACUACCCCACUGUAUCCAAUGUGGAAAGGAAGAGAAGGAUACUGGAGGAUCGAGGAGAAAGGGGAGAGGUUCUGGAAACAGCGCAGUUUGGCAUCUGCAUUGAUUCUGCUGUUCUGCAGCAUGGCCUGUUUUCGUUGGAUCUCUCGUGCAUUUUUUUCUGCACGUGAAGGACCAGAGCUUACUCAGGUGUGUCCUCUGUUCAGGCGAAUGAGAGGAAGGGGUCGCGGCUUCCGUCAACGAGGCGGGAGGUUCCAAAACAACCAGAGAAGGGCAUGGUCAAGGCCUGGGAUGCCUGGCCAUGUGAUGGAAAACACCACAGCCCCACCCCUUAAACAUACCCCCAAAGACGGAGAUCCACUCGGAGCCAUUGUUAACAGUGACCUAGAGUCCGACAAGGAUGAAGCAGCCGACGCUGGAAAAGACGGCCUGACUGUGACCCCGAAGCACAUGACCUCUGGUCUAGGUGCCCUCGUGGCCAACUAUGACUCCACCUCUGAGAGUGAUCAGGAACCAGAAGCUCUGCCCAUUCUGAAGGUCACCAAGAUGCUUGAGGAGAACCAGGUCAUGCUGAAGACCGUCCAGGGUCAGCCACCUCCCCAGGGAUCAAGGGCUCCCCCAGCUGCUGGUCCACCAUGGGCCGGUACUGCCCCUAAUAGGCCGGGAAGAGGGAGACAUCCUUUCCGGGGCCCAACUACACCUCAGCAGCGCCGCCCUACAUUGCUAGAGAUGCUGCUGGCCCCGGAGGUACGCCAUGAGAGAAAUGUCCUCCUGCAGUGCGUCCGCUUUGUCGUCCAGAACGCUUUCUUCGGGCUGGACGUCGGAGCUGAGGAGAGUGCCGCAGUGGACAGUAGGUCGGUCACCGCACUUGAAGGAAAGCGGCGACCGCAGACUGGAACUGGAGUAGCCACAUCUGAUGGAAACCACCAGUAUGGGCUUGACCUUUCUGAGCAGAACGUUGGGGUUGGGAGAAGCCAGAGUGCCCCAGAAGCUCCCAGCCUAGACGGAUCCACCCAAGACUGUGGGCAGGACUCCGGCAAACCUGGAUCAUCAACAGAGAAAACGUCAGCAUCCGCAGGCCACUGUCCAACAGGAAGUGACACAAACAUCCAGCUGCCUGUACAACUUGAGGAGCAAACGGAGAAUAUGUUAGCUGAGGAGCAGGAAGUUGAUGGAGAUGUGCCUCAUUCUGAGGACCGACAGCCCAGUGGGAAUACUCAGCAUGGAGGUUUUGCCACACCAGGGGACGAUUCCGGUAUGCGUGAAGAGCAGAAUGCCCAACCAGCUGUUUCUGUGGUGGAUGAGGACGUUUGGGAAAUCCCUGAAGCAUAUACUCAGAACAUCUGAUAGUAAAUCUCCAUGAAUCAAUACCUUUUUGUGUAUGUAUGAAUGAAUUCCGCCCAAUUUUUCAAUAUUAAAUUAGGCAAAUUAUUAUGAAAGUCCAGUUAAAGUUCUUUUCUAACUUUUACGAACCAUUAAUUGUCAGUCAAGAAGAUUGGUUACCCCACCUAAUAAUGCAAGUGAUGGAAACCUGGUUAAUAAGUCCAUUCAUUUGUAGCUGUGCUGCGUCUGACUUGCCGCUGGACUCGCGCCAUGACCGUGCACUGAGUGCUUUCACUGUUGCCUGCUUUACCGCUCUUCCUGCACGUGCUCCCAUGGAGAGAAGUGCAUACCUUGCUCACUAAAGGGACAUGCUUCCAGUCCAUGGUUCUAUAAAACUGCCUAAUAGCAAGUAUUUUGUGUUCGUUUUAUUCCUUUUUAAUAUGUGUACGUUUGCAUAAAUUUAGUAGUUAUUCAGGCUGACUAUUUUAAUUUUUUUUUUUUUUUAAGUCAUGUGGCUCUGUCAUUUCAGUUCUGUUUUUUGGUUUAUAACCAACACGUAUGACAAUUAUAAAUUUACUGAUUACAAAAAGCCUUCGGUUUGGUUUAUGUCAGCAAGUAAUAAAGUUAUUUCAGCUCUGAA